GAGCUGUCAGCCGCCUGCCUGCCUGCCUGCCUGCCUGCCUGCCUGCCUGGGUCAUUUGAAGGCCAGCAGCCACGGAAGGGUUCAUACAAAGUUCACUCGCAUAUAUUAGGCAAUUCAAUCUUUCAUUCUCUGUGGCAAAACUAGUUGGAAAUGAGCUGCACGGGGGGACGGAUAACCCAUUCGUCAUCGGAGAGGAGAAGGUGUGCUUUUUAAAAACGCCAUCCGUGUUAUUUUUGGUAAGAGGAAAAAGAAAGAUAUCCUCCAUCUCCGGUUGCGCUUCACACACGGCUGGCUGCUGGGAACCGGGACGGGGCGAGUCAAUGAAAACACGUCGGGGAUAUUAUUAUUAGAUCAUUAUUAGAUUAUUAGUAGUAGUAUUAUGAGUCCCGUUCACACGUCCGUGGCAGCGUGACUGGACACGAGAGAAGAAAAAAAUGGCAAAUGAGCAUUUAGAAGGAGCCGUGGAGCAUUUUUAGUCCGAGAAAAUUCAUGAUUCCGGUGCGGGACGAAGCAGAACAAGAGGAGCGAAAUCUGUUGUGCCAAGAAGAAGAAGAAGAAGAAGAAGAAGAAGAAGAAGAAGAAGAAGAAGAAGAAGAGGAGGUGGAGGAGGAGGGGGGGGACAACAGCGGAGUUUGAUGGAGUUGUGUGCGCUUUAUGCCGCUGAUAUUUCUCCAUAACGCACCAGCAGACUGUGGCUGAACGACGCGCUGUCAUCAUGUUUGACUGCAUGGACGUGCUGGCUGUGAGUCCCGGGCAGAUGCUGGACUUCUACACGUCCAGCCCAUCCUCGUGCAUGCUACAGGAGAAGGCUCUGAAGGCGUGCAUCAGCGGACUGGCGCACAGAGAGUGGCAGCACCGGCGGAGCGCACACUCCAUUGAAACACAGAGCACUAGUUCUGAGGAGCUGGUCCCCAGCCCGCCGUCCCCGCCGGCCCCUCCUAGAAUCUACAAGCCCUGCUUCGUCUGCCAGGACAAGUCCUCUGGUUACCACUAUGGUGUCAGUGCUUGUGAGGGCUGCAAGGGUUUUUUCCGCCGAAGCAUCCAGAAGAACAUGGUGUACACGUGUCACCGGGACAAGAACUGCAUUAUCAACAAGGUGACGAGAAACCGAUGUCAGUACUGCCGCCUGCAGAAGUGCUUCGGAGUGGGAAUGUCCAAAGAGUCUGUUCGAAAUGACCGGAAUAAGAAAAAGAAGGAGAGCCCAAAGCCCGAGCUGGCAGAGAGUUAUGAGCUGACAGCCGAGCAGGAGAACAUCAUUGAAAAGAUCCGUAAGGCCCAUCAAGAAACCUUCCCCUCCCUCUGCCAGCUUGGCAAAUACACCACGAACUCGAGUGCAGACCACCGUGUGAGGCUGGACCUGGGCCUGUGGGACAAGUUCAGCGAGCUGGCCACUAAGUGCAUUAUCAAGAUCGUGGAAUUUGCCAAACGAGUGCCUGGCUUCACAGCACUGACCAUCGCUGACCAGAUCACUCUCCUGAAAGCUGCCUGUCUGGACAUUCUGAUCCUGCGCAUCUGUACGAGGUACACCCCUGACCAGGACACCAUGACCUUUUCGGACGGGCUGACCCUCAACCGGACGCAAAUGCACAACGCUGGCUUCGGCCCGCUCACCGACUUGGUGUUCACUUUUGCCAACCAGCUGCUGCCCAUCGAGAUGGACGACACAGAGACAGGCCUCCUCAGCGCCAUCUGUCUCAUUUCCGGAGACCGUCAGGACCUGGAGGAGCCCUCCAAGGUGGACCAGCUCCAGGAGCCACUCCUGGAAGCUCUAAAGAUCUACGUGAGGAAGCGGCGGCCCAGCAAACCGCACAUGUUCCCCAAAACCCUGAUGAAAAUCACAGACCUGCGCAGCAUCAGCGCUAAAGGAGCAGAGCGGGUCAUCUCUCUGAAGAUGGAGAUCCCAGGUUCCAUGCCGCCACUCAUCCAGGAGAUGUUGGAGAACUCGGAGGGCCAAGAUGGCCAGAGCAGCAGCAGCAGCAGCAGCAGCACUAGCAGCAGCACUUCAGCAGAGGUGGGGGCCAGCCCCAGCAGUAAGGGCAGCCCCAACGAGGACGCCGCUGAGUCGCCAGAGUCGGACACCGAGGGGGCUACGGCCACACCGCCCAGCGACGAGCCCUAGGAGGCUCUCUCUGACAUUCCUUUGCACAAAAAAGGAACAGCCAGGCAAGGCGCCGACUCUCUAUAACCCCUCUACCGCCACUCCUUUGCUUGGUAUUCCGUUAUCUAUUGUCCUAUUUUUCUCCCCCAUGUCCCCUAACGUUUCCUUCCUUAAAAAGAAAACGUCAACACGGAGGCCUCAAAGGAUCAGUGCUUUGUGUAAAAUUCUGAAUUGAGCUCUUAUUUGGCGUGGUGUCUCUGGGACAGGAAGGGCGUGGCCUUCGCAAGACGCCAGAGAUGAUACUCCUCAGGUCUCCUGUGUAAAUUCUUAUCUGCAUGACGGGAGUUGGAUAAGUGGUUUUACUCUUCUUUCUCUCUCUCUUUCUCUGUCCUCAUCUCUUCUCAUUUCUCGUAUUGUUGGCAUACGCACAUUGUACAUACCAUUGUAUGGUUAGAUCUCUGUUCCUAUGCUGAAUUUUGUGGUGCUUUUUUCAUUGUCUUAAAUAUUAUCUUUGAGGCGAUACAUCAAGGUUUAAAGCGGGACUACUUGUAAGUCCUUCAAAAUGUUAUUUAGAAUGUUAUUGCAUAUAGACAUUACGGAAGUCUAAUAUUUUAUAUUUGUUCCUAUAUUUAAAAACUGUUUUUUUUUUGUCUUUUACAACACUUCUCGGUUCAUGUCUCUACAUGAAUGAGUGUACAUCCACGCCGCCAGAAUGCAAAGCUUCUCUCCAUAUCAACUGUUUCCUCAAAGGAGAGAAGCACAACAGCAGAAGCCUUUGAUACACACUCAUCAGUUUGGCGUCGUCUGUUUAAGUCUCAGUCUCGACAUGAAUCACCGAGACCCGACGAACGAGAUUAGAUUUAGAAUGAGCCGGUCUAUGAAAUCAACUCAUCUGGUGGCUGUAUCUCCUCAGUGAAUCAGUUUACCUCACUGUCAAAACUAAUUGGGAAAAUUAGGUUGCUGAUAGAUGCCAGAGAUUUCUCCACAGCAGGCUGUGAUCACAUAGGACUCUUUUUGUAUCCAUUUCCCUGUUAUUAACUGGACUCAACUCAAACUGUGUCGCACUUUAUUAUUAUCAUCUGGUCAGUUAAAAGGUUUAACACGCUACACAAAACAAUGUUGUGCCAAAAUUUGUUUCCCCUGAAAAAUCUGUUUCCCUACGGCAUCAUGCUUAUUUUUAUUUUUAAGUGGCCAUUCUAUGAGGAAGAUGUCUGGCUGCACACAUUAGUCUACUUGCUAUUUCUCAAUCUAAUUUCCGCCAACAAGAUUUUGUUGUUCAGUGGAAAAAAAGUACAAGUACAAAAAAGGUCUCAUUGCCAGGGAAACUAAUGUAUUAGAGAAUACAUAGGAAUACAAAUGUUGGCACAGCAACAAUUACACUGAGAUGAAAAUAAAUCCUUGAAGCGGACGUCAUGAAGCCACGUUCUCUCUUUCCAGACUGGCACGUUGCCCUCCUGUCUCAGCACUCAUCUCCUCUUGCCUGGUGUGACGUGAGUCCAUGGAACUUUUGUUGAACAGCAGCAGCACAGGAGGCAAGAAAGGGGAUGCUGAAACAUAGUGUACUGACUCAGUAAUUUCAGUUAUACACAACAAUCUAACAUCAGCUAGCAUAAGCUGCCGGUCAUAACAGAACUGUUAUGCUGUAGCAGCAAAACCCAGAGUGAACUU